AUGACGAGCAUCAAUGCCGUUUUCGAGAGCGUCGCACAAACCUUGACAGUAUGGACCCGUCUGAAUGGGGACCCAAACUACAGCGAGCCGAUACUGGGUCAAGCUUUUCAUAGGGCCACUUGUAUACAGGCCAGCUGGGCGUGGCUGGCACUGCCAGCAAUAACAGCCUCGCUGACCCUUCUUGUUCUUGCUCUCACGGUCUUUGCGACUCACCGGUCUGAACUGCCCGUGUGGAAAUCGUCACCACUAGCCUUGUUGCUUCAUGGUCCUGGUGGAAUGGACUGGGUUGAUGAGGCCAUGGUGGUACAUCCCCGGCCAAGGGAGAAUAAGGCCGAUCUUAGGACCGAGAAUGGGAUGAGGACUAUGGCGGCCAGAAUUUGGGUAUCUCUCGAGGAUGGAGAUGCUGCGCUCAGACUGCGACAGGUCGGAUCGAGACGUGACAGCUUACCAUAG